AUUUAUGUUGGCAAAUGUAUUUACUAUGCCAGGAGUAAGGCAUUUAUAUUUAUUAGAUAAAAUUCUAAGGUCUCUUAGGAUUAUCUAGUUAUAAUGACAGACAAAAUAUUUUUGAAUAUGGUUAUUAAUAAAAGUAAUUGGAAACUUCACUUUUUGGAUUAGAUUUAAAUCAGAAUCCAUAAGAGUCGGUCUUAUUCUAUAAUAAUUUCAGUAAAGAUUAUUUAGAUUAAGUUAUUUGGAUGCCAAAUGUCUUAAAUCAUUAAUGGGUAUAUUUAUGAAACCAUAAAGGUAGAGUAUGAAAGUCUAUGGGUUUUUUGUUAAUGAGAUUGAUUUGACAGACAAGAUAACCUUAUAAAAUGGAACUAUUGCAUUAAUGGAUUCAGGUUCCUCUUGUUUAUGGCUUGAUGAAGAAAUUAUUAAUUAUAUGUUACAUAGAUACAUUUUGGCUAACUGCAUUAAUAAUUAUACUUGUCCCUGCAAUUCACCUUUGUAUCCAAAUUUAAAUAUAUAUUUGGCAGGAGUCAAAAUAGAGAUCACAUCUGAGCAUUAUAUGAUUCCAUCAAAUAAUGGAUUUUGUAAACCUUGCUUAUAAAAAGCAGGUUCAACAACACAUGAUUAUACUAUUUUGGGUGAUCCUGCUAUGUAAACUAUUAUUAGUAUUUUUGAUAAAGAAAACUAAUAAUUUGGAGUUUAUUAAGGAAAUAAACUGCAUAAUUUAUUAAUAUUUUAAAUCAUUUAGAUAUCUAUGAUAACAAUAUAAUUAGUUGCUUUAUGUUUAUUUUGUUACAAGUAUUAUUAAUACAAAAGAGUUUGA